AUGCGAGUGCCUGGUUUCGUUAGAUCGCGUAUUAUUGCUCCUUCAGAUCCAGCAGCCGCCGAAGUCAGCAGCAAGGUUUUAAAACAAAUUUAUCCAAUUAUCGAUAAAAUAGUAUCAUGGCUUAGAGCAUUCCAGUUAUUCAUCAAAUUACAACAACUGUUACAAAAUCUGUUGAUCAAUAUUUUAGCAGCAGGCCCAGUACCGCAACACAUUUCGUUUAUUAUGGACGGUAAUAGAAGAUUUGCCAAAAAGAUGAAUAUGCCAGUCAAACGAGGUCAUGAAGCCGGUGGUGUAACGUUGCUAAGUCUAUGUUAUGUUUUGAAAAAAAUGGGAGUUCGUUGUGUAUCAGCAUAUGCAUUUUCCAUCGAAAAUUUCAAUAGACCCCCAGAGGAAGUUAACGCAUUAACUAAUAUGUUUGCAGUGAAAUUAGACGAGUUCGCUCGCAAAGCUAAUGAUUAUAGAGAUCCUCUUUAUCAAUCUAGAUUAAAAAUCGUAGGUGAUCAUUCAUUAAUAUCAGAAGAAAUGAGAGAAAAGAUUAAAAGGGUGGAAGAAAUGACAAAUGACGGCGAUGAAUUUACGCUUUUCAUCUGCUUCCCAUAUACUUCGAGGAACGAUAUUUGGCAUGCAACUCAAACAUCCGUAGAAGAAUGCGUACAACAAAGUUUGGAACCUAGAGCUCUAACGGUAGAAGAAUUUAAUAAAAAAAUGUAUUUGAACGAUUACUCUCAUAAAUGUGAUCUCUUAAUUAGAACCAGCGGCCACUUAAGAUUGUCAGAUUACAUGCUGUGGCAAGUUCAUGAAAGUGGUGAUAUUAAGUUUUCCCCCACUCUGUGGCCCGAUUUCAAAUUCUUCCAAUUGUAUUUGAUGAUUUUGAACUGGUCUUUUUUUACUACAAUCCAGAGAUACAUCUUUCAUGGCUCCAAAAAAUCACAGUCUAAACCUGCAUUUUGGAAUCGCAAGAAAUCUUCCAAAUAUUCGUUAGAAGAUUUACCUGCGGCUCCAGUAGCGGUUUCAAUUACAGGUGAACGUGAUCCAUCUUAG